UUGCCGGGCAGCCAUGGAGGCUGCUCUGGAGUCCUCAGCAGAGGACCCGUUGGGAAACUUUGUGCGAGUUUUGGAGAAGAGAGAUGGCACGGCGUUACGACUGCAGCAGUAUGGCUCCGGUGGCGUGGGCUGCGUGGUGUGGGACGCUGCCAUUGUUCUUUCUAAAUACCUGGAGACGCCCGGGUUCGCCGGCGACGGGGCCCACGCGCUGCGCCGGCGGUCGGUGCUGGAGCUGGGCGCCGGCACCGGGGCCGUGGGGCUCAUGGCCGCGACCCUUGGGGCAGAUGUUGUAGUCACCGAUCUUGAGGAAUUGCAAGACUUGCUGAAGAUGAAUAUUAAUAUGAACAAGCAUCUUGUCACUGGUUCUGUUCAAGCCAAGGUACUGAAAUGGGGGGAAGAAAUAGAAGACUUUCCUUCUCCGCCAGACUACAUACUGAUGGCCGACUGCAUAUACUACGAAGAGUCUUUGGAGCCGCUGUUGAAAACUCUAAAAGAUCUCAGUGGAUCUGAGACUUGUAUUAUAUGUUGUUACGAACAGCGAACAAUGGGGAAAAAUCCAGAAAUCGAGAAAAAAUAUUUUGAGAAAUUUCCAUCGUGAAAUCUUUAGUCAUCUUACCCAAGCCUCCAGCAACCUGGGUAAGCUAAAGAUGUGAAUGGAGCAUGGGAAGAUUGUGUUCACAGAUUUUUCCAGCGUGUCUUUAGAGAUCUGAUAAUAGACAACAACCAUCAUGGGCCGCCUGCAAAACCGAAAAUGACUGCCGGUCUGCCAGCUAAUGGUCCUGAAAUCCAACUUAGUUUACUUUUAGCUCAGUAUCAAGUUCUGCUUAAAAGAAACAUUGUGUAUUAGUCACUCCUCAAAUAAAAAUAGGUAUUAAGGUUAGCCUAAAGUCUGCCAAAAAUAAACAGUGAAGCUUCAUGGUUGACUUAGCUUAUUUCCUGGAAUUAGAUAAAUUGAUCCAGUUUCUAAAGAGAAAUAUAUAUUGCUAUAUAAUAAAGUUUAAAUUCAAAUCAGUAAGUUUUAGUUUGUCUUCAAGAUAGGUAAAUUUAAAAGGUUUUCAUUUUAACAUAAUUAUGCAGUGGUUUUUAUCAUGUAUCUUCCACUUUGUUGCUUUUAAGAUAGCUUUACUACUUACUAGUAAAUGUUCUUUUACGUUAAAAAAAGUCCCAACAUAUUUUGUAUAGUUACAUUGGCCAAAGUUUUAUUCUUUUCCUCCACCAUACAUCUCUACAUGAGUUAGAAAUUAUCCUGUAGUGAGUUAGUAAGAAUGAAAGUUAAGAAAUCAUGAGAUUAGAAUGAGGGGGGUUGGAGUGAAAAUAAAAAGCCCAUUUUCAGGCUCGUUCACUUUUCUCAUAUAUAUCUUCCAGGAAAAAGUGGCUAAAAAUCACUGAUGUUUACUUGUUUACAAAACAGAGACAUUUUUAAAUAACUGCAAAUGUAAUCCUAUAUACAUUUAGCAAAUGGUUUUGAUUCUGUGUAGUCUUUAUGUUAUGAUAAUCAUCUGCUCACAAACUGAUCUGUCAAGAACUUAAAUCUCAACAGUUCUAAAGAGUAAUAAUAAACUAUAGAAUUCUGGUCCUUAUAGGCAUUGGUGCUAGGGGGCACAUUUUAUGUGUUAAAAUAAAUGUUCUUGCCCUG